ACCACCCAUCCAAUCCCAUCUUGCCAUCUUGGCUUGACAAUCAACCACAGCAACAGAGGACCGAGGAUAGAAGAUUUCUUUGCAGCCAUCAGCAUGAACGACGAUAACGUGAAAGUCGUCCUGAAGAGUGCCGGCGUCGCCUUACUGGUUGCCGGCGUUGCCAUGAAGUUACUGACCAAACGGGAACCCGAGAAGGAAGACAUUCCGAAAAACACAUUAGUGACGUACCUUUUCCCUACGUACAAAGGGACUGGACUGUGGAACAUGUCGCCCGCAUGCUGGAAAUUGGAGACCUACUUGCGACUUGUCAAAGUCCCUCACGUCCAGAAGACGAUUAUUACAGCGAGUGAUUCGCCUACGAAGACUGCACCUUGGAUUAGAUACAAUGAUUUUGUCCUAUCCGACAGCCAACGGAUUAUACGCUGGUUGGAAAAAGAGGGCAUCUCAAACGGGCUGGAUGCGCAUCUUACGGCCGAGCAGAAAGGGCAGUCGACGGCCAUUCAAUACUUGCUGGAAGAAGGGGUUUACUGGAUGAUGCUAUAUGAUAGGUGGCAACAUGAAGCGAACUGGCCCACUAUUCGAGACCUCUUCUUCGAACCCGUGCCUGCCGUCAUGCGAAGCUUCAUCGCAAAUCGGGUGCGCUCGCAGACAGUCAUGGCUUUGCGAAAGCAAAAGCUUGGGAGACUGUCCUACGAAGAAAUUCUGGAGAUGCACGGGAACUGCGUGGAAGCGCUUUCAAACCUCCUUGGCGACAAGCGAUACUUCUUGAGCGAUGCUCAACCGAGCUCUGUCGAUGCUACGGCUUUUGCACAAAUCGCCAAUAUGGUUUACAGCAAAUUGCCGGACAACCGCCUGUCUCAACAGAUGGCUUCAAAACCCAACCUGGUCGCAUAUUGUGACAGACUCAAGAGCGAAGUGUUCCCUGAAAUGCUGAUCGAGGAUUGAUACAUGGAUCGACGGCGUUAUCGACCAUCGGCAUGCAUAUUCACUAAGAUGUUGAAGUUGCAGUAGGUGAAUAGGUGAAUAGGUGACAUAGGUGAAUAGAAGACAGUUUCGCGCAAAGCCACAGUUGAUAGGGACACAGCGUUAUAAGGUUUAGCACGUGACGUGACAAGCGCGUCGUAUAAGCAUUCUCCGCCCGGAAAACCGUCAGGGUGGAGGACGAACAAUAGCGUAGCCCAAAGCCCAAAUAAAGACCUCCCAAAAAAGAAUUCGAGCACUUUGUUCUACUAUGAGAUUGGAUUUUGAGGAACGAGGCCGGGUAAAACUCCUUUAAUACCCGUCCCAGAUGAAGCGGUGCUGCGGCGGGACCCGUA